CACGGGGUCCUCUAACCCCUGCCAUCACUUUGGAUGAUUUGCCUGUUCUGCCCGGAGCCCUUGAACCCACGAGGGGCUUAGGGAGCUGGGGGUGCUUUGGCUCAGAUGCAGACUCUUGGAAAUCUCAAACCUGCAUGGUGAUGAUAUGAUCAAGAAGCUUCCUCCCCCGUGGGAGCGCGUGACCGUUGGCACUCAUAACAACAGGUCCCUUUAAGAGUUUGGUCCAUGGUGGGAUCCAGCUUCUUCCUCAACACUGGGCCCAUUGCAUCUCCACUUCUAAGGCAGCGGCGGCGGUGGCAGCGCUGGGGAACAGCGGAUUCCGCCCGGAGCCACACCGAGGGGAGCUCGCGGUCGCGACUUGCCGCCCUAAGCACUCUCCCAAGUCCGGCCCGCUCGGCGAGGACUUCCGUCUCCUGGCCGAACCCUGUCAAGCAAGCUGGGAUCUAUGAGUGGAAAGGUGACCAAGCCCAAAGAGGAGAAAGAUGCUUCUAAGGGGCUGCCCUUCUUUUUGGUUGCUGCCUUCAAGAUUAGACAAGAACAAGCACCAGGUGCCUGCGAUCUGCUGUGGGGCCAGAGCCCUGCGUCUCUGCAGCAGACAGUGGGACCUAAAGAAAGCCAUUGGCGUGACCAAGUUCUGGAUGACGCCCCCCCUGGCACACAGGAAUACAUUAUGUUACGGCAAGAUUCCAUCCAAUCUGCGGAAUUAAAGAAAAAAGAGUCCCCCUUUCGUGCUAAGUGUCACGAAAUCUUCUGCUGCCCGCUGAAGCAAGUCCAUCACAAAGAACACACAGAGCCCGAAGAGCCUCAGCUUAAGGGUAUAGUUACCAAACUAUACAGUCGACAAGGUUACCACUUGCAGCUGCAGGCAGAUGGAACUAUUGAUGGCACCAAAGAUGAGGACAGCACUUACACUCUGUUUAACCUCAUCCCUGUGGGUCUUCGAGUGGUGGCUAUUCAAGGAGUUCAAACCAAGCUGUAUUUGGCAAUGAAUAGCGAGGGAUACCUAUACACCUCGGAACAUUUCACACCUGAGUGCAAAUUCAAAGAAUCGGUGUUUGAAAAUUAUUACGUGACAUAUUCAUCGAUGAUAUACCGUCAGCAGCAGUCAGGCCGAGGGUGGUAUCUGGGUCUGAACAAAGAAGGAGAGAUCAUGAAAGGAAACCACGUGAAGAAGAACAAGCCUGCAGCUCACUUUCUGCCCAAACCACUGAAAGUGGCCAUGUACAAGGAGCCGUCUCUGCAUGACCUCACGGAGUUCUCCCGAUCUGGAAGUGGGACCCCGACCAAGAGCAGAAGUGUCUCCGGCGUGCUGAACGGAGGCAAGUCUAUGAGCCACAACGAAUCAACGUAGCCAGUGAGGGCAAAACAAGGGCUCUGUAACAGAACCUUACCUCCAGGUGCUGUUGAAUUCUAGCAGUCCUUCACCCGAAAGUUGAGAUUUGUCAAUGACGUUUACCAAACAAACAAGGCAGAGUUCACUAUUCUAAUCUGCCAUCAAACCUUCUCAUCCAUCCAAAAGCCCCAUAAUUUAGAUCGAGCUUGUGCAAAAAAACAGUGCCGAGCCUGAUCAGUGAACUAAAUCUGGGAGAAGGACUGCUCAAUUUUCUCAUGAUCUCACCUCUGCUUAGGGGAAGACAAACCAAAAACAUUUCACAGCACUAAUGCUGAUUAAGAAAAAUUUGCUCUCCAACCAAGACAAUUGAAAAGACCACCAUUGUUCUUCAAAAACAAACAAAAAAGAAAACAGAACAAAAUUAACUGCUUCCGUGUUUUGUAGGGGCAAACGAAAUUCUGUGAACCGUGUUGUUUUUUUGGCUUAAUGUUUUCUAUCUAUGCUUGAUUCAUAUGUAUUCUUUACGUUGCAAUUUUAUGAUUUCUGAAAUUCAAUGGUUCUAUUGACUUUCUGUCACUUAAUCCAACUCAACCAAAUUCAGGGUUGAAGCUGAAUUGGCAUCUCAGGCUCAAGGUUCUUGUGAUUUUACCAUUUUUUCCCCUUUAGAUUCGUAGUAUUCUGGUCAAGUUCUUGUGCUGUACUUUGUGCGUAGAAAUUGUGUUGUGUUGUCAACCCCAGUCAGUAAAGAUUACUUAAAAAUAAAGUUCAUCCUCAAGUGUAGUUUUCUCUUAAUUCCAUUUGUGUUAUCAUGUUAAACUAUUAUUGUGGCUUCUUGUGUAAAGACAGUAACUGUGGAACUGUGAUGUUGUCUUUUGUGUUGUUAAAAUAAGAAAUGUCUUAUCUGUGUACGUAUGAGUCCUCCUGUCAUUGUAUUUGGCACGUGAAUAUUGUGUACAAGGAAAUGUUAAGACUGGUUACCCCUAAACAACAUAUACUUAUACCUGCUUCUGGAAAAGUGUUUAAGACUUAGCUAGGUUUCCAUUUAGAUCUUCAUAUCUGUUGCAUGGGAGAAAGUUGGAAUCUUGGCAUAGAGUUGCAUGAUAUGUAAGAUUUUGUGCAUUAAUAAUUGUUAAAAUCUGUGUUCCAAAAGUGGACAUAGCAUGUACAGGCAGUUUUCUGUCCUGUGCACAAAACAGUUUAAAAAAAAGUUGUUUAAUAUUUGUUGUUGUAUACCCAGAUACGCACCGAAUAAACUCUUUAUAU